AUGUCACCACCAGAAAAUCCUAUAUUAUCAAGGCUUCGCUCACAUGACAGCAAUGGAUCUCCUGAUAUUCCUGAAUUAAACUUUAAUGAUAAUAAUGAAGCUAAUUCCACUAAAAAAGUUCGACUUGAUAAUCAUGUUAUUGCUUCUGAGCCAAACGAGUCGACGUCUCCUUCUAAACGAUCUAAUAGAAGAAAAGUACCAAUAAUAUCAAAAGAAGUACAAGAUGGUGGUGAAGAUGGCGGUUCUACUGUUAAUACUACCAUAAGUGAGAUUAAUAAUGAUAAAUCAUCAUCCAAAAAAACAAAUAGUAGAAGAAAGAACAAAUCAGUAGUAGCGACCGAUCUAAAAAGUAAUACCGUUUCACCAUUUAGACGAAUUACCAGGGGAUAUUCCAAAUUAAUAAAUAAAGAUCAAAUUGAAAAUAAUACUCAUGCUGAGAAGGUUAUGGUUGCAAAGACCGAAUCACAUACAAAAGCUAUUGAUGAAAAGGCAUUAGAUAAUUCUAAUGAAGUUGAAGAUGUCGUUGAUACAUUAACGCCUGAUAGUAAUAAUAAUAAUAUAAAUUUGAUUAAAAGUUCAUCCAAAUCAGAGAUGAAUAGCAACAGCAACAAACAACAUAUUCAAAUUGAUGUUCAAAAAAAAAAGAUCGAGAUCUCUGUUGAGGAGAAAGAGGGGUUACGUGUUGUUAUUUUCAAUAAUAACGGCAAUAAUAAUAGAGAACAACAUGAUGUUGAAAUGUUAAAUAACAAUAUAACUGAAGAUGUAAUUAAUGUUGAAAAUAAUAAUCAGAAGCAACAGGGCAGUGAAGAAUUGUUAAAUAAUGAGUUAUCUACAAAUCAGUCAUCGCCGUCAUCUUUUACCCACCGUGUUGAAAUUGAAAACAAUGAUGAUAAUACAGCUAAAGAGAUAGCACCGGUUGAAAAUCGUCAAGAUGUUGACAUAGUUAACAAGUUGACUGCUGUUGAAAACAAUCAAGGUGAGUAUGUUGAAAUUAAAAACAAUGAUGAUAAUACAACUAAAGAAGUAACGCCUGUUGAAAAUAAUCAAGAUCAACAAAGCGUUGGAAUUAAUGAUGAUGAUGAUGAUAUAAUUAACAAGUCAAUAAUAACUGUUAAAAAUAAUCAAUGUGAAAAAGAUGUUGAAGUGUCGACUAAUGAUGUUGAUAUGGUUGAUGAGUUGGUUAUAGCUGAAGAUAAUCAAAAUGUACAAGAUGUUGAAAUGUUAACCGAUGAUGAUGGUAUAGAUAAAGAAGUAAUUCCUGUUGAAAAUAACCGAGAUCAACAAGAUGUCGAAAUAUUAACCAAUGAUGUUGAUAUAGUUAAUGAGUUGACUACCGCAGAAAAUAAUCAAGACCUACAAAAUGUUGAAGUGUCGACUAAUGAUGUUGAUAUGGUUGAUGAGUUGGUUAUAGCUGAAGAUAAUCAAAAUGUACAAGAUGUUGAAACGUUAACCAAUGAUGAUGAUAUAGAUAAAGAAGUAAUUCCUGUUGAAAAUAACCAAGAUCAGCAAGAUGUCGAAAUAUUAACCAAUGAUAUUGACAUAGUUAAUGAGUUGACUACUGUAGAAAAUAAUCAAGAUCUACAAGUUGUUGAAAUUAAAAAUAAAUAUGUUGACAUAGUUAACAAAUUGAUUACUAUAGAAGAUAAUAUAGGUGAGAAAGAUGUUGAAAUUAAAAAUCAAGAUGAUGAUAUAGCUAAAGAGGUAAUGCCUGUUGAAAAUAAUCAAAAUCUACAAGUUGUUGGAAUAUUAAACAAUGAUGUUGAUAUAGUUGACAAGUUGACUACUGUUGAAAAUAAUCAAGAUGCUGAGAUUAGAAAUAAUUAUGAUAAUACAACUAAAGCAGCAACUCUGGUUGAAAAUAAUCAAGGUCAACAAAGUGUUGAACUUAAUGAUGAUGAUGAUCUAGUUAACAAGUCGAUAACUGUUGAAAAUAAUUCAUGUGAAAAAGAUGUUGAAAUAUUAAAAAAUAAUAUUGAUAUAGUUAACAAGCUUGAAAAUAGCCAAGGUGAAAAAGAUGUUGAAAUUAAAAAUCAAGAUGACGAUAUAAUUAAUGAGCGGACAAUCGUUGAAAAUAACCAAGGUGAACUAGCGGCUGAAAUUCAAAAUAAAAAUAAUGACAUAGCUAACGAUUGUACAACUGCUGAACCUAAUCAAUUAAAACAAGACGUUGAAAUUAACCAAGGACAGAAAGAUCUUGAAAUUAAAAAUAUUGACAUAUCUAAAAGUACAAAGGCAAGCUUUGACGAUGACAUGGAAAUUGAAUAUACUAAUGUUGAAGAAAACCAAAACAAAAAAUCUAAAAAAAGGUCGAUAUCUGUAAUUGCAUUGGAAUCACAGUCUAAUGAUUCGAUAAAAAUAAAUAAGGAAGUUAAUGAUUUUAAAACAAAUAGAACAAUUGGAAGGCUUCAAAGCAAAAAUGUUAUCUUCAAUUUUGGUCAGGGCAAAAAUGGUCCAUCAUUAAAAUUCAGAAGAUAA